CCCAAAAAGUAUAAAAUAUAUUUGUAAAGUAUAAAGUUCAUUAAACUAUUGUUGCUUGUUAUAACCGUGGUUUCGUACAAUGAGCAGUCGGCCAAGUUGACUUUUAUUUUGAAGCAUGUGAAAAAAAACUGUGGUGACGUCGUUUCCGGGACUCAGGGACGAGCUAGGUGUCGUAGAAGAGGUCGACUGACAAAUGAUAUCUGCGGCCUGACGCUGUUGGCUGAAAACCGAGAAUAUAUUUAGAAUAUAUUUUUUCCUCCUCAACUUUUUUCAAGCACUAGUGGGAUAAAACUGUGGAUUAUAGGAGACUGGAUUGACUCUUAAGUUUGGACGCGUUUUGAAGACUGGAGGAACUGGAGGACUGCUGAAUCUCCGCUGCUGAUCCAGGAACACACCGCUGAAGCUACGCUGCCGACUGCUUGUUCUCCGUUGCUGAUCAAGGAUCAAGAACACGAACACACCCCCCGUUAUACAGGUAUAAGUAGUAUCACACUUCUUCACUAAUUCACUUCUUUCCCUACAGACUGGAGGAACAGACUGCUGAAUCUCCGCUGCUGAUCCAGGAACACACCGCUGAAGCUACACUGCCGACUGCUUGUUCUCCGUUGCUGAUCAAGGAUCAAGAAGCUCUGAUGGCUCCCUGUCCAGUUUGCAAGAAGAUGCUGUCCUCCAUCUCCGCGCACCUUUCCACAGUACAUCACGUGGAAAACGUAGAGGAGAAGAAGAUCCUGAUUCAGCUGGCGAAUCAGAAAGUGUCGAUCCUGACAUCUCCGUGUCCUGUUCCGGGAUGUGGGUAUCAGAAGUCUCGUCUUGACCGCCAUCUGACCAGCUGCCAUCGGGACCUGUCCGACCAGGCCAGGGACAGAUACAUCCAGACGGCACAGAGGAUCAAAGCCAUUACUCUCCUGAGAGAGUUGAGGGCUAGCAGUCCGAACGUGCCCAUGGCCACUCGCUUGGACUUGGCUGCUGCUGACGAAUCUUCAAAGCCUGACUACGACCGAGUACUCGAGUCAGCGAAACCUGGCGUCCUCGAUAUCAGUCGUAGACUGAGAAUGGGACAACAGGUGGAAGAGAGUCAGCAGACACUGUUCCGGUACGUCUGUGAGGCGAUACUGCUGAAGGAGCAUCAACUGGCAGAGAGUGCUGUGCUGAACUUCAAGGUAGAGCAUUGGGUAGCUCGAACCCCGUCAGCCAGUGGCAUUGUCCUUGACCACUUUGACAUCAGUCUGACUCCCCAACAGGAAGAGUGGCUGGAGAUGUACUUCGCUCACAUCAGGUCAUGGAGUGUCAAACAGUCCAGUCCCGAUGUUCAUGAUGGAGGCAGCUUCUUUUUGAGCCAGAAAGGAGUUCCUGUGGUGAAUCUACCUAAUGAUAUGAAGCGGCUGUGGGAACUGUAUCCACAGGCUUCAGGGACCGACUUGCCAGCAGUUGCCCCCCUGCCAGCAGUUGCCCCUGCCAGCAGCAGUUGCCAGCCGAGCUCUGCUGCAGGUUCUGAAGAGGGGGAUGAUGAGCAGCCUUCCUGCUCACAUGCUGUGGGACAGGCAACUGGACAGCCACAGGCUCCGAAGAGGGACCACUCCCCUUCAUCCUCUUCAUCGGAUGGAGACACUGAAGAGCCUAGUGGUAGUCGCUCUGCGAUUGCAAGGAAGCGGAGGGCUAAGUCCACCUGGCUUAGUUUUCUUGACCUGUUUCCGGUGACUGUUCAUGCCACGACACCCACAUGUGAGGAAAUUGUCGGCGGUGGAUUUGAUCGGGAAUCCCUCCGUUACUUUCACAACAAAUGGAGGACAGUCCAGCGGGAACAGCGCAUCCAAUAUAUCUUGGAUAAGUGCAAGUUUAGGAACCGCCCCUCAGAGGCCAGGGUAUACCAUCUGCUCCGUGCUGAGAACUGGUCGGCCAACUGUCCAAGCGCCAUGGAUGUGGUCACGUCUUGGGUCCCCGUAAAGGACCACAUCAAGAGUCCAGACAUUAUCCGCCGUAUUCAGGAACAGUCUUGGAAAGGACUUUGCCUGAAAGACUUUGGGCCACCAAAGAACAAAGGGGUGAUUGCGACAAUGCCCUUUUCCAAGGGAGAGGUGGUGUGCGACUACCAUGGAGAGUACGUCACCCAGGAAGAAGGGAAUCGGAGAAUGCAACAGCUUUUCGACGAAGCCUGUUACGUCUUCUUUUUUGCGGGAUGUGGGGAAAAGGUCUGCAUAGACGCCCAACAUUCUCCAUGCCAGUGUCACCCACACCAGGACACGUUUGGUCGUCGGAUGAACCAUUCAAGGAGAAGUCCAAAUGUGAAGCCACACGUGUUCAAACUCCCACUCACAGAGGGAACAAGAUGGCAUCCCAUUUUCCUCGCGCUAACGGACAUUCAGGUCAACGAGGAACUACUUUGGGACUACGGUGUUCUCAGUGACGAGGGAUUUGGAGGCGAAGCUGUUGGACUGGACUGGCUGAAUACUUGAAUUCCAUCUCAUACGAACUCACUGCACGCGGCACUUUACUUCACCCUGCACCACAACUCAUUCUGUACCUGUACUGUCGCCUACUAGACUUCACACACACACACACACUGGGCUUUGGGCUUUAUUUAAAGGGAUAGUUCGGUAUUUUUGACAUGAGUCUGUAUGGCAUCAUCAUAACCAGUGUCGUGCAUCCACACUGACUUACCCCCCACA